AUGCCUGGAGCCCUACAGCCUCGGGUCAAUGCUGCCAUCAACACAGCCAAUCAUAAAGAUAUUAGAAUGGGUAAACAUGACUUCCUAGUAAUCCUGUGCCUGGGAGUGGCAUCAGCUGCUCUAUCUCCUGAUCCUACUAUGGAUGAUGAAUUGCAAAAGCAGAAGAUAAAACACAGAAGAGCCAUGUGGGAUGAGUUUAUGAAGAAGUCUGAACUGCACAAUAGGGAAAAUGGCCAGGAGAAGAAUGGCUUCAACGUGGAUAUGAAGGCCUUUGGUGACCUGGUGAGUGAGACUUGGAUGAAACUAAUGACUGACAUUUUAUACCCAAUGUUAGGAGAGAAGGAAAGAAUUCAAACACAGCCAGUUGGAGACAUCCUUGAAAUAGAGGGCUUGGUAGAGCCUGGUGAUAUGUUUCCCGUGCAGAAUAAGUGCUGUAUUCCUGUUCAUCCUUGCUUGGGAAUGGCCUCAGCUGCUCCAUCUGAUCCCAGUUUGGAUGCUGAAUGGGAAGAAUGGAAGAUGAAAUUUCGAAAAGCCUACAGCCCGGAUGAGGAAGGACACAGAAGAGCCGUGUGGGAAGAUAACAAGAAAAUGAUCAAAUUGCACAAUAAGGAAACUAGGCCGGGGAAGCAUGGCUUCACCAUGGAAAUGAAUGCCUUUUGUGACAUGGUGAGGACUGGUGAAGAAUUCAGGAAAAUGAUGAACCAUAUUCCAAUCCCAACUCUCAAGAAAGGGAAAAGUGUCCAGAAAUGGCUGGCUGGAGAUGUGUCCAAAUUUAAAAACUGGAAAAAGAAGGGCUCUGUUACCUCUGUGAGGAAACAGGGAACAUGUAAUUCUUGUUGGGCUUUCUCUGUGGUUGGUGCCAUGGAAGGACAGAUGUUCCAGAAAACAGGCAAACUGAUCCCUCUGAGUAUACAGAACCUAGUGGACUGCUCUAGACCUCAAAGCAAUCUGGAAUGUCAUGUAGGCAAUACAUACUUUGUAUUGGAGUGUAUGAAGGAAAAUGGGGGUCUGGAGUCUAAGACAACCUAUCCAUAUGAAGGAAAGGAAGGACCCUGCAGGUGUAAUGCAGGUAAUUCUGCUGCUAGUAUCAGAGGCCACAUGUUUGUCCCAAGGAUUGAGAAUGCUCUACUGAAGGCCAUGGGACCUUCUAUAGGACCCAUUUCUGUUUCAAUCGAUGCAAGGCAUGAUUCUUUCCAGGUCUAUAAAGAAGGUAUAUAUCAUGAGCCAAAUUGCAGUAGUGCUUUUGUCACCCAUUCUAUGUUAGUGGUUGGCUAUGGCUUUGAGGGAAGAGAAUCAGAUGACAGAAAAUACUGGCUGGUCAAGAAUAGAGCUCGACACUCUGAGCUCUCUCCAGAGCUGGAACAACCAACUCCUACUGUGUGGUCACAAUCAUGUGCAAAAAAAUGGGGCCCUAGAGGCUAUAUGAAGAUUGCCAGAGACCAGAGAAACCAUGGUGGAAUUGCUACAUAUGCCCCACAGUGUGAGCCACCUGGUGAUGAGAUAGAAGGAAUAGAGUUAAGACAACAUGGACAGAAGAGGUGUAUCAUUCUGGAAGCAACUGGCCAUUGCUGGGUUUAUCAGGCACUUCAGCCCUUUAAAAUCCAGUACUAG